AUGGCAAUACUGUAUCCGUCCGGCAGGUUCGUGUUGCAUACGCCUGUCCGAUUGCUCCCCUGCCCGCUGUUGGUACCGUUUUCCGCUCGCCUAUCUCCCAACCGAAGCGCCCUACUUCGACUCUCGGCUCCGACUCCCCCCAAGUACUAUCUCGACUUAUCUGUCCGCCUAUCUACCAACCAGUUAGAGACGAAAGAGCGUCUGUCCAGUGAUCUGAUAAUUUACGAGCUUUCCUCAUCUCCCGACCUCCCGUUCCUACUAUCCCCUCGACCAGCUAUCCACUAG